GGGGCUAAUUACUGAGAUUAUUGUGAUUGCUCUCAUUGUUGUUGCAAUCAACUAUUGCCGGAAGAAAUCUCAUCAGGAUCAAGAAGUUUUUGUUAAGGACACGGAUUCACCGAAAAUUAAAGAAAAACAUUCCUAAUUAUCAAGAAAUAUGAUUGAAAAACCGAUACCACAAAAAGCCCACAUUGGAAGUGCCAUUAUAUCCUGCAUUCUUAGUUUAGUUAUUUAUGGAACAUUACGUUUUUAUGCCGAAUGGUUUACCUCCACCCAACUUACUACAAUCUUUGGCGGUUUUGUCAGCUCAUUUAUAUUCAUCUUCAGUUUAACUUCCCUGUCCAAUAUUGAAAUGCUGCUAUUUGGUGAAGAUUUCGCUUGUAAAUUUAUUCCUGAAAUUGUUGUAUGUUUGCUCGUAUCUGUCAUGUCAGCCGGUAUUGUACAUCGUGUAUGCGCCACAACUUGUAUUCUAUUCUCUAUUUUGGCAUUAUAUUUCAUCGAUCGUAUUUCCAACGAUUGUUAUCAUAAGACAGCCGUUGCACCCGAAGCCAUACAUCACCGAAAGGGCGGUGGCAAGAAGAAUAAAUAA